AUGCAUUUAAAUUACAACAUCAGUGCAGGAGGGGUGGCUGGAACUGCAGUAGAUCUGAUUUUGUUUCCACUUGACACUGUGAAGACAAGACUGCAAUCAGCAGAAGGUUUCGUCAAAGCUGGUGGCUUCAGAGGAAUAUAUUCAGGGAUUGCUUCAGCCGCAAGUGGUUCUGCUCCAGCAGCUGCUACAUUCUUUUGUACAUACGAACUGACCAAGAAUGUUCUCAAACCAAGGACUUCAUCAAAAAUGUUUCCAUUUGUACACAUGUUUGCUGCAACUCUUGGUGAAGUUGUAUCACUUUUUGUGAGAAAUCCAUUUGAGGUUGUAAAGCAGCGAGCUCAAGCUUAAAUCCACAUGAACAGUGUUCAAGCUCUAAAGUACACCCUUGUACAAGAGGGAGUGCGUGGUUUGUACAGAGGUUACUGGAAUACACUAAUGAGAGAGAUACCAUUUGCACUGAUUCAGUAUCCGCUAUGGGAACUGUUCAAGAGUGUUUGGCAAUGGGAACAAGGCCAUCCGGUGUGGGCGUGGCAAUCAAGUAUCUGUGGUGCAAUUUCAGCUUAUUUGCAGGAGUCACAAUGCGAACGACGUGGAUUUCUCUUGGAGGAGCGGUGUUCUUUGGCUUUUACGAGAAAGCUAAACAAGUUCUCCUGAAUAAGCUUGAAAGCUGAUUGAUAAUUUGCAAUUAUCUCAUUUUGGAUAUCUGAAAAGUGAAUGAACUGAGGCAGCUUUUAAUAUCUAGAUUUAACGAUCCGGACACGGCAGUUAAACAGUGUAAAAGCUUACGACACUUCACACAUAUUUAAUUGAAACCCUAACGAUGCAGGGAAUGGAAAGUUUUCGAUUUGUCGUCACUGUCUUUGUUUCGAAGUUUAGAGAUGUAAUUCCCGUUUGGUAAUUUUAUAUAGUCGCCUUUUUAUUCUUCUUAUUUUUCUAAUAUGGAAAUUUUCGAGUUCGCUGUUAGCAACUACUAGUUUCUCUCUCUCCAGAAUGCUCUUCAAAGCCAGUUUAUACCUUAAAAACAAAAGCAUGUUAUAUAAAAACCAUGCACGUUAGCUUUAAGUGAACUUGCAAAAAAUUCCCUCACUCAGAAACUUUAAGCGUUUCUCGAUUGAGAAUCAGAAGUUAUUACAAAGGUCAAUCAAAACACGGAAGCCAAUGAAAACCCAACAAGCAAAUCGUCUGAAGCGCGGGAAAACGUGCCUGACUAAGUCGCACGUGACCUUUGUUUCCCUUCUGAUUGGUUGAAAGCCGUGGGGUGUGUUUUCUGAACCAAUCACCGAGCGAAGUAAAGCAAAACCAAAGCAAAUCCGGAAUACAUUCGACACUCGAUUAAGAAUUGCUCUUAAGCAACUAUUCUUGAGGCUGGCGACUCUUUUGUGAAUUUAAAACCGCAAAUUUUACAAGCAGAAAUGCAAUUAAAAGUAGUAUGUUACUACUUCUAGAAAAAAAAAAUUGAUAAAAUAAAGAAGCCCGUAUAACUGUUAUCUAUGA